UGGAAAUGAUGGGAUAUUCAUAAAAUAUUCUCAUGUAUCCUGUUUAGCUAGCGUGUUAGUGUUGUAAAAUAUUCCUCUUCAUUCUAAACACUUUGGGUAUGUGAAUGAACGUUUACAUUGAAUAGUGUCCUUGAAACACGAAUAAGGCUACUGACCGAAGUUCCUGCUUAUAGAAAGCGAAACCUGACGUACACGUUUAUUGGAAACCGGAUGUCUGUAGGUGGUUCUUAUAAAUCACUGGUGUAGUAUAGCGCGUUGUUCUUUAAGCUUUGUCUACUAUCGGUCUGGACGACACAUUAAAGUUGCAGGAAACUGACAGGAUGGCUUUUUAUCAACAACAGCCAUUUUAUAACCCGAGAGUCCCAUUCAGUGGUCCAAUCCAAGGAGGCUUGCAGGACGGGAAGAGUAUUAUCGUAAGUGGACGGGUUUUACCAGGGGCUAACAGAUUUCAUGUGAACCUUCAGUGUGGUUCUCAUUCCGGUGCUGAUGUUGCUCUGCACUUUAACCCACGCUGGGAGAGCACUGGGUAUGUAGUGAACAACACCUUCCAGAACAGGAUCUGGGGCUCAGAGGAACGCAAAUAUGAAGCUCCCUUCCCCCAAGGCCAAACUUUCACCCUCCAGAUCCUUGUCGCCCACGACAAAUACAAGAUAUCUACUAAUGGGAGACACUUCGCAGACUUUAGACACCGUAUUCCCUUUACUCGGGUGGACACUAUCGCAGUGGAGGGGAUGGUGGAGCUGAAUUCUGUUGCUUUCCAGAAUCCAGCGCCCUAUUUACCCCCACAACCAGCCUUUCCAGGUUAUGUCCAACCACAAGUAGGAUUUCAGCCUCAGUUUGCUGCACCUCCAGGAUGUGCGUUUCCUGCAUACCCAUCUGCACCAACUUAUACUGUCCCAUACAAAUCUGUCAUCAAUGGUGGACUUUACCCUGGAAAAAACAUUGUCAUCAACGGAGUGGUCAAUCAUAAUGCUCACAGAAUAACGUUUAACCUGCGCUACAGAAGUGGGAUCGCAUUUCACUACAAUCCUCGUUUCGAUGAGAAUGUGGUUGUGCGCAACACCAAUCAGAUGGAGAAGUGGGGAUCAGAGGAACGGUCUGGAGGCUUGCCGUUUCAAAGAGGACAACCGUUUCAGGUCACCAUCUCUUGUAAUCCCCACCAUUACAACGUGUUUGUCAAUGGCAAACAAGUACACACUUACAAACAUCGCUACACAAACCUGAACGACAUUGAUAUUUUGGAGGUUUGCGGAGAUGUGCAGCUGACUUUAGUGCAGGCCGAAACCCCAUUCACUGUUCCACUCCCGGAGGGCUUACAGGCAGGGAAGAGUUUUAUCGUGAUUGGAAAGAUUUCGCAAAAAACCGACAGAGGUCGGGUGAACCUUCAGUGUGGUUCUGUAUCCAGUGAUGAUAUUGCUCUGCACUUUAACCCACGCUAUGAUGAUGGCGCUGCAUAUGUGGUGUUAAACACUUUUCUAAAUGGUAACUGGGGCUCAGAACGCAGGGGUGACUUUUUCUUACUCAAAGGCGAAACAUUCAUCCUCCAGAUCCUUGUCACCGACCAGAUUUACAAGGUACUUGUUAAUGGGAAACACUUCAUGGACUACAGGCACCGUAUUCCUAUCGCUAGGGUGAACACUAUCUCAGUGAAUGAAAUGGUGGGUCUGGAUUUCUUUGCUUGCAACCAGAAGACUGAGGUCACCAUCUCCUGGGAUAACAUGAAUUUCACUGUGAAUGUGAAUGACCAGAAACCACUUACUUGCAGCCAUGGCAUUGCUAGACUGCAGGACAUUAAUCGCUUUGAAGUCACUGGAGACUUACAACUGUUUUUUGUGAAGGAUCCAAACGGAAGAACAGUAAGAAUUGGCAGAAUGACAGAUUCUCAGAAACAGCUUUUUUGCAAACCAAAAAUCCCAUUCACUGGUUCACUCCAGGGGGGCUUGCAGGAAGGCAAGAGCAUUAUCGUGAUUGGAAAGAUUUUGCCAGAUGUUAAAAGAUUUCACGUGAACCUUCUGUGUAGUGAUGAUAUUGCUCUGCACUUUAACCCACGCUAUGAUGAUGGCCCUGCAUAUGUGGUGUUAAACACUUUUCUAAAGGGUAACUGGGGCCCAGAACGCAGGGGUGACUCUUUCUUACUCAAAGGCGAAACAUUCAUGCUCCAGAUCCUUGUCACCAACCAGACUUACAAGAUAAGUGUCAAUGGGAAACACUUCAUGGACUACAGACACCGUAUUCCUAUCACUGGGGUGAACACUAUCUCAGUGAAUGAAAUGGUGGAUCUGGAUUUCAUUGCCUACCAAAUUCCUGAGGUGGUCCCAUACAAAACCCUGUUCAAAAAUGGACUACAGCCUGGCAAAGACAUUGUCAUUUAUGGACUUCCUAACCCUGACUGUAAAAGGAUUGAGAUGAAUUUCCGUCACAGAUAUGGGAUUGCAUUUCACUACCUAUCCUACUUUAAUGAGAAUGAGGUUGUCCGCAACACCUUUGAGAAUGGGGCGUGGGGAAAAGAAGAAAGGAGUGGAGGUGUGCCGUUUAAAAAAGAUGAACUCUUUAAGGUCACCAUCUCCUGCGAUAAAGAGAAGUUCACUGUGUUUGUGAAUGACCAGCAAGCACAUACUUACAAGCAUCGCUUUGCUAAACUGGAGGACAUUGACGUCUUUGAAAUUUACGGAGACUUACAACUGAUUUUCUGAAACCCCUAUAAGCAUCCAGGUUUAUAGGAAGUGCAUAUUUAAAACUUCCCCUAAUGACUAAUGAUUUAUCAUAUCAUAUGCUUAAAAAUACACACAUAAAGUGCUGGGCAGAUUAUUUACAAAUUAUAGUCGGUUUAAGCAAUAUGCUUUUUUAGAAAGGAAAAUUUUAAAGAUAAAACGUAGUAGUAUAGGGACAAACAAAUAAAUUAUGAAUGAUUUACUACAAUUGUGAGAUUAACAUGUAAAUCUAAGUACUUAAUUUUUGGGAUCUGAUUGCAUAAUCCAGAUUCCAUGUGAUCAGUUACUACCCAGCACUGCACACACACUUUCUAACUACAUAUACCAAUCUAAUACUAAUACUCUGCUGAAUAUAUAUUUACAUUUAUAUCAAGGUGAAAGUAGAGAUCUACUCAGUCUCAGAGUAUCAAUGACUUUUUAAUUAUUGUGAAAUUUAAAGGUGCAGUAAGUGAUUUUUACAGAUGAAGAUGUUUGAACAUUUCCUUUAACCCUGAAAUACAACAUUGCAUAGUUCAGAAUACAGGUAAAAUACUCCUUUUAUUAACAUAUUAACACUUUACAUCAACAAGCCCCAUUUUUACUCCACUCAGAGUGUACAGUUGGUACUGUAUACACAUUUUCUGCAUGUAUGCAGAUAGACCUACUGGCAAAAAGUGACCCUAUCAACCUGAAUUCACUCUACAUACAAACAUUUAGCAUUGUUGAAGUUAUCAGAAUGGCUGAAAUUGCUUACAGCACCUUUAAUAUUGUUCCUCUAAUGUUGGUGGGCUAAAAGAAAAAAAAAAGUUGCUUGGCUAUCAUGUUGUAUAAUGAUUAUAUUCACAUCUAUGCAAAUAAAAAACAAUUAAAAUAACCACAAAAA